AAAGGCAAGAAUUAGUUUGAGAGAGUCAUUAUACAUAGCAACUCUUUGUGAGAAAUGGAAGUGAAAGCUGAGAUUGUAUCUAAGGAAACUAUAAAGCCAUCUUCUCCAACAUCCAAUAAGUUUUUCAAACUCUCUCUCCUCGAUCAAUUGGCUCCUCCAUUUUACGUUCCUAUUCUCCUCUUUUACUCUGCUUCCGAUGCCACACACAACAAACCAGUAUCUCAUAAAUUAAAGGCUUCUUUAUCACAAGUCCUCACUCUCUAUUACCCCUUCUGCGGAACCCUCAGAGACAACUCAACCGUUGAGUGCAACGAUGAGGGCGUUGUUUUCACCGACUGUACAGUCCCCAUGGAACUCUCAAGCCUUCUUAAAAACCCUGACCUUCACCAUAUCAACCACCUUUUCCCAUGCGAUCCAUACAACCCUGCAAGGGAAACUCUCACUGGGAACAUGGCAGUUCAGUUCAACCACUUCACGUGUGGAGGUUUUGCUCUUGGCGUCUGCUUCUCACACAAAAUCGCUGAUGCUUCCACAGCAGCAUCCUUCCUCACUGCUUGGGCUGCAACAUCAAGAGGCAACAAACCGAUACUACCACAAAUGGAAGAAGGCGCACAGGUUUUUCCGCCGAGGAAGAUAGAAAUGGACUUGAUUGGUGGCAUGAUGGGCCAAAAAAGCAUUGCCACAAAGAGGUUUGUGUUCAACAGGACGAACAUAUCCAGACUGAAGCAAAAGCUGGGGAGCUUCGAUUUCACUCCCACUAGUGUGGAAGCCGUGACAGCACUGAUAUGGAAAUCAUCACUGGAAGCGGCGAAAGCAAGUUCAGAGGAAGGAAAAAUUCCGGCAUCUAUGGUAUCCCACGCGGUGAAUAUUCGCAGCAGAAUGGCCCAAACGCUGUCGGAGCAUUCGACGGGAAAUCUGUGGCAACAAGCAGUGUCUCCGGUGGUAGAGGUGGAAGGAGAAGUGAGGCUUGGUGAUUUGUGCGAGAGAGUGAGGGAAACGAUAAGAAAAAUUGAUGGAAAUUAUGUGAGUAAGCUUCAGGGUGAUGAAUUUUAUAAGGUGAUGGAGUCUUUGAAGGAAGCAAGAAGAAUGGCCGCAGAAAAGGGUGUUCCAUGUUUCAGCUUUAGCAGUUGGAUGAGAUUUGGGUUCUAUGAAACGGAUUUCGGAUGUGGAAAACCAAGUUACGUGCGCACUAUCGGAGUUCCUAUAAAAAACGUGGUGAUUUUGAUGGGUACUAAGGUUGGUGAUGGCAUGGAGGCAUGGAUAACCUUGACUUCGCGUGACAUGGUGCAUUUUGAGCAAAAUCCAGAACUUCUCAAGUUUCUUUCGUUUGAUUCUUAAUGAGAUCAGACAAAGCUUCGGCAAGUGAAGAUUCUGCCACGUCAAUGGUGAAAUCAAAUAUAAUUAAUAUAUGAAUGCAAUGUUGUUAUUUUUUGUUUUACAAAAAAUAUUAUUUAUUAUUAUGUUAAAAUUUGAAA